AUGGAUAAAUUACCUGUUUAUUUGGUGAAUUCAAUAGAAAAUGCCUGUAACAUAUUUAACAAUAUAUCAUUCACAAUACACGGGGAUGAAAGUAAAGCAAGAAUAUCUAUAAUGUUUGGACAAAGUGAGAGUAAACAAAGUAGACGUAAGUCAAAAUCUACGGAACGCCGUAAUAACAAAAGAAUGGAAAAUUAUAUAGAAAAAUUUACAAAUACAGAUGACAAUCUUAGAAUACAUAAAAGGAUUGUUCAAGGAACUGUUGAAAUUUUAGAUGAUCAAUUGAUGGAGAUCGAAAAUACAAAUGUAAGGAGCACAGAAACAGACACUGUAAUAGAUAAAUGUACACUUGAAUUACAGGAGAACAAAACACAACUUUCAAACACUCAUUUCAAAAAAGUUGAUGUUGAGAAAAUAAACAAAGUUACAGAAUGUGCUAAAUUAUCAGAAACUAAUGAACAUCGGUUAGUUGAAACUAUGAACACAGAGAAUAAUGACACAAUAAUGUCAACUCAAAAUGAUAAACAAGAGCAGUCUGAUGAAUCGGAUGAUGAUAGUGAUGAUGAUAGUGAUGAUGAUAGUGAAGAUGAUGAUGAUGAUGAUGACGGUGAUGAGGAUGAUGAUGAUGAUGAUGAGGAUGAUGAGGAUGAUGAGGAUGAUGUUGAAAAACGAGUUACUGUUGAUGAAAUCAUUUCGAAAGCGGUGAUAAAGAAAAGUAGAAUGUCGCCCGAUAAAUUUAUUGCGAAAAUAAAAGGGAACGAGAAACUUAUAAAAUAUGACCGGGGACGUGACAAAGUAGAAGAAGUUCUACCAACUGAUUCUGACUAUUACACAUUUAAGCAAAACGUCGAACAUGAUUUUCAAGAUGUAAGAAACUAUGAAUUUCGUCCGGAUGAUACUGAUGAGAAACUUUUAUUGAUUGCUACUUUUGCAAUUGAUAACAGACUUUAUGUCCAUAAGAAAUGA